CGGAUUCGUCGCGGAGACGGGAUCGUCCUCCUCCUCCUCCCUUUCUCUCUCCCCCUCGAUCUCUAUCCAUCUCCACUCGAUGGGGUUCGCUGAAAGAAGGUCAAAGAUCGAUCGUGGAGUACGAGGGUCGUGACCUCACGCAUACACGGGACGAGCCACGCGUGCGGCACGGCUCUUCCAGCGGGAAGGUGGAGGAACCUUGGCUGGAAGAAACGGAAACGGAGGGAGGAGAGAAAGAGAGAGAGAGAGAGGGAGAGAGAGGGAAGGAGAGAGAGAGAGAGAGAGAGAGAGAACCGGUUAAGGUGGAUCUCGUGGAAGAACCGAUGAAACUGAUCGAUCUCCGGACCCCUGGUCGAUCGUUGCGUUAGGCGUUGUCGUCAAUGCUCGCCACUCGUCGACCAACGUUUCCGCGUAGAGUAGAAGAGGAAUCGUCGUACCGCGUCGGGACCACGUCGCGUCGAAGAUCGGUGGAUCUAUGCUCGAUUGGACGGACACCGUGGUGGCAUAGAAGAAAAAUCGCGACGGAUCUAGGAGGAGGAUCGCACGUGCCUCCGGUGUCGAAAACGAGAGACAUGCUGGUCGCUGGUUCGCGAGAAGCGACGUUACAUCAACAACGUGAAUCGCGUAGGACAGAAGAAUCGUAGAGAGAGAGAGAGAGAGAGAGAGAGAUAGUCGCGCGAAAGAAAAAAGAAAAAGCGAGAACGAUCCGUGCGAUUUAGCGAGUCACGUACACACACACACACGCGCGCGCGCGCGCGAAUCAUCAUCGGAGGAAGAGGGAAGAAAGAGUGAAAAUCAGUUGGGUCGGGGUAUAAAAUCGGGGAUCGGGUGGAAAGAAUGUCGCGAGAUCCGUACUCGAGCGGAAGCGGAGUGGUCGGGCCAGGAGGCGGUACUCGUUCGCCUCGAAGCGGUCGUCGCGUGGGCGAGCUACCCACGGUCGACCGUAGCCCGUCGAGGAGCUACGCGAGCGGUCGCGGCAGUCCUUUGGGUCGGAAGAGAGGCACUCGUAGCGGGAACAACUCGCCGGAGCACCUCGGAUACGGGAGCUACCAUCACCAUCAGCUGGGCAGUCCGUACUACUCCCGCGACGAGGACCUCGCCAGUCCCGUGAUGCUCGAGGAGAGGGGCAGGAGUAUGUCAACCGGGGGCGGUGGGGGCGGACAUCACAGAUCCAGAAGCGCCUCGAGACCCGCCAUGUCCAGCUCGGCGGGCAUGUCGGCGAGGUACACCAGCCUCGAUCGUGCAUCCGCGGGUAUCCUCGAUCACGAUCGCGAGUUCGUGCCGAUACGCGAUCCCCGUGAACGUAGCCGCGACCGUGGACUCUACCUGGAGGAUGAGAUUUACGGGUCGAGAUCGGCCAGACAGAGCCCGAAUCCGCACAUGCUGCGCGACAGCGGUGGCUAUAUCGGUGAACUCCAACAUCAGAACAACGAUCUCCAACGAGAGCUCGGGAACCUCAAGAAGGAGCUCGAGCUGACGAACCAAAAGCUCGGCAGCUCGAUGCACAGCAUCAAGACCUUCUGGAGUCCCGAGCUCAAGAAGGAGAGAGCAUUGAGAAAAGAGGAGAGUUCCAAGUACAGCCUGAUCAACGAACAGCUGAAGCUGCUCAGCUCCGAGAAUCAGAAACAAAGUAUGAUGGUUCGCCAACUGGAGGAGGAGCUGAGGAUGCGGAUGAGGGGGCCGAGCGUCGAGAUGCAGCAACAAAUGGAAGUUUUGUACAACGAGAACGAGCAUCUGACGCGAGAGAUCGCCAUACUUCGCGACACGAUUAGGGAGCUGGAAUUGAGAAUAGAGACACAGAAGCAGACACUGCAGGCUAGGGAUGAAAGCAUCAAGAAGCUGCUCGAGAUGCUCCAAAACAAAGGGAUGGACAGCUACCGUCCGAAAAUCUGGAUUCCGAGCAGACAUCCCAAGAGCUUCUCGUUGCUUUCUGCUGUUCCAGGAAAAGAGGAGGAAAGGAUCAUGUUCCAGCAGAUGCAGUCGAUGGCCCAGAAGCAGCUGGACGAGCUACGGAUGGAAGUGCAGCGUAGGGAUCAGGAGCUCCUCGCCAUGUCCGCGAAAAUGAAAACUCUCGAGGAACAGCACCAGGAUUAUCAGCGGCACAUCACCGUGCUCAAAGAGUCGCUCGCCGCCAAGGAGGAACACUACAACAUGCUGCAGGCUGACGUGGAGGAAAUGCGGCAGCGGCUCGAGGAGAAGAACCGGAUGAUCGAGAAAAAGACGCAGGCGGCGAUGCAGGCGCAACAGGAGCGGAAUCGUAUGAACACCGAGCUCACCGAGCUCAAGGAUCACAUGGACAUUAAGGACAGGAAGAUCAACGUGCUUCAGCGCAAGAUCGAGAAUCUGGAGGAUCUGCUAAAAGAGAAGGACAACCAGGUCGACAUGGCCAGGGCGCGUUUAACGGCAAUGCAGGCGCACCACUGCAGCAGCGAAGGUGCGCUCAGUAGCCUGGAGGAGGCGAUAGGAGAUAAGGAGAAGCAAAUGGCACAAUUACGGGAACAGAGGGAUCGGGCCGAGCAGGAGAAACAGGAGGAGAGGGAGUUGCACGAGAGGGAGAUCGCCGAGUACAAAAUGAAGAUACAUGCCCUCGAGUCGGAGGUGGAAAAAUUGGGCGCCCGGUUGGAGAGGGCGCAAGCGGAGAAAGAUCGACUGGAGGCGAAGCUGGAAAGCUCGCAGUCGGAGCUCGGCAAGAGCAAAGCCGAGCUGGACAAAGCGGCGUCCGAGGUUGGGCGCAGCGGGGCCGACUGGGAGGCUGCCAAGCAGAGGUUGACCAGGCUCGAGCUCGAGAACGAGAGGCUGAGGCACGAGAUCGAGAGGUCUCAGACCAGUUACGGAAGGAGCACGCUCAAUUCCUCUCAGGAGAUGGACAGGAUCCAGGAGAGGGCCGAGAAGGCGGCCGCCGAGCUCAGGAGGGCCCAGGCCGAGCUCAGAGUCACGCAGGCCGACAACGAGAGAGCUAGGGCCGAGGCAGCUGCCCUCCAAGAAAAGGUGGAGAAGAGCCAGGGUGAGGUGUACAGGCUGAAAGCCAGAUUGGAAAACGCCCAGGGUGAACAGGAGAGUCUUCGGGACGAGUACGAUCGGGCACAGGCGUCGGUGGCUCGUCUACAUUCGGAACGGGACAAGGCGAUCGCGGAACUCGAGAAAACGCAAGAGGAACUGGAACGGACCCAAGCUACCCUCGGCAAGGCGCAACUUCAACAGGACAAAUUGCAGAAUCUGUUGGACAAAACGCAGAGCGAGGUGGACAAGCUUCAAGAGAAACUGGACAAAACGCAAACGGAAAUUCGCAGGAUGCAAAUGGAGAGGGAAAAGCAGAACUACGAUUUCGAAAACGUGCAAAGUCAAUUGGACAAAGCGCUCGGCCAAUCGACCAGGAUGCAGAAAGAGAGGGAAACGAUUCAAUUGGAAGUGGACCGGUUGCAGGACAAAUACGAGAAGGCUCAGAUGAUAAUGCAACGGCUGCAGAAGGAGAGGGACGGAUUCCAAGAGGAGACGGACAAACUGCACGAGAGGAUAGAGUUCCAGCAGAAUCAAAUAGCGAAGAUGCAACGGGACAAGGAGAACGUGUUGUCGGAGCUCGAGUUGGUGAAAGAGAGAUGGGAGAAGGCUCACAACUCCCAUCAAAAGUUAACCCUCGAGCGAGACGACGCUCUCACCGAAAUCGAGAUCCUGAAGGAGAAAUUGGAGAAGGCCCAAUACUCGAUGAACAAGGCACACGAGGAACGGGAGAACGCGAACAAGGAGUUCGAGAAGAUGUUGGAGAAGUACGACAGAGCGCAGAGCGAGGUGUAUCGGCUGCAGAAUCGAAUCGAGGUGAUGGAGGCGGACAAAGAUAGGCUGGAGCUCGAGGCCGAGAAGCAACAAAUGUUGGCGACGAAGAGUCGGGACGAGGCGAGGAAAGCGCAGGAGGAGUUGGCUCGGGUGCAAGAGAUGUACGAUCGAGCCGCUCUUCAAUUGGGUCGCACGAAGGAGCACGAGGAGAAGUCGAAGGAGGAUCUGGACAGGUUGACGGUCGAUCUGGAGAUGGUGCGGGAACGUUACGAGAAGUCGCAGAUCGAGUUGAGGAGGUUGCAAAACGAGAGGGAGAAAUUGGUCGCGGACAACGAGAGGAUCAGUUUCGAAUUGGAGCGCGCCCACUCGCAGCUGACCAAGGCCCAGGCGGCCACCGACAAGACGCAGGAGGAGUUGGCGCGGAUGCAACUGGAGAUCGAGAAGAUGUACGAGAAGCACGACAGGCAGCAAGCCGAAGUGAGAAAGGCGCAGGCGGAGACGGAACGGCUGCGAGUCGAGGCGGAGAGCGCGCGCGAGGAAUGCGAGAGGUACGCGACCAGGUUCGGCAAGUAUCAGGAAAAUCAGGAACGGCAGAAGGAGGAACACGAGUGGGCGAAGCUGGAGGUGGAGCGGCUCCGCGAUCGGCUGGAGAAGGCGUUGGCGGAGCUCGAGCGCGCGAGGAAGGCCGAGCAGGACGCCUCGAGGCUGCGCGCCGAUCUGGAACGUGCGGAGGGAGCGCGAGGUAAAUACCAGUACGAGCAAGAGAAGUGGCAGAGCGAGGGUAGUAGGCUGCAGCAGGAGGUGGAGAAGCUGCGGGAACGUCUGGAGGGCCGUGAGACCGAGCUGAAGAGGACGCAGUCGAGCAACGCCGAGCUCGAGGCGAAGCUGCACGAGACGCAGCUUCAGCUCGAGCGGGCGCGCGAGGAGACCAACAAGGCGACCGCGGCGCAGGAACGGAAUCGCGGCGAGAUCGAACGCGCUAGAAUCGAAACCGAGAAGAUACGCGAUCGUCACGACAAGGUGAAGGCGAGAGCGGACGCCCUGGAGGCGGACAACGAGAAGCUCCGGGUGGAGAUCGUACGGUUGGAGAGGUUGAUGCAAACCGAGGGUAAGACCAGAUCGGAGAGCGCGAGCAUCGAGGUGGAGCGGCUGCGCGCGAGCCUGGACAAGGCGAUCGUGGGGCGCGAUCAGGUGGAGCUCGAGGCCGGCAGAUUGGCGAAGGAGUUGGAGAAGGCGCACAUGCAGACGGCCAAGUAUCAGGAGGCCGCCGAGGCGAACAAGAAAGAGUUGGAACGGCUCGCGGCCGAGACGCAGCUGCUCAGGGACGAGCGGGAGGCGCUGAGGCAAGAGUUGAGGCGGGUGCAACAGCAGCAGCAGCAGCAACAGCAGCAGCAACAGAUGGCCGGAAGCGAGGAGAUGGCGCACCUCCAGCACGAGUUGCAACUGGCUCAACGGGAGCGCGACAAGAUGGCCGCGAUCCUCGAGAAUCGGGAGAAACACUCGGAGAAGAUCGAGAAGGUGAAGGAGAAGCUCGAGGCGGAGGCGAAGCAGUUGCAAGUGGAACGGGAUCAGCUGGUUAUACAAUUGGAGAAGUCGCAGGAGAUGCUGGUCAACUUCCAGCAGGAGUUGGAGACGAACGAGGCCGAGUUGAAGCGUCAGCGGGACGAGGUGCGCCGAUUGCAACAGUUGCAGCAGCAAAGGGUGCACGCGCAGACGCCGGAUAGAGCGGCGAAGGAGGCCCUCGAGGCGCAGAUGCGAGAGGUUCACCGGUUGGGCCAGCAGGUGCAGAGCCUGACUCAGGCGCAGACGAAGGAACGACAGAGGGCCGAGCAGGCCGAGAAACGAGUGCAGGAACUUCAGAAGCAGAUCGCGUCGAGGGAUGCGAGCGCGGCGGCCGCCGGUGGCGUGAACGAGGCACAGCUCGAGCAAUGGAGGAAGCUAUGCGAGACGGAGAAACAGAGGGCGGACGCGGCUGAGAGGCAGGCUGCCGACUUGCAAAAGCGUAUCCAGAACACCGAGAGGCAGUUGCACGCUCAACAACAGCAGAUCCAGCAGAUGCAGGUGACGAUGCAGCAGCAGCAACAGCAGCUACAGCAGCAACAACAACAGCAAAACGGCCAGGAGGUCGCCAGGCUGAGAAAGGAAUUGGAACGCGCCCAAGAGAGCGUUAAGCAGGCGGGCGUGGAGCGCGAGCGGUUCCAGGAUCAGCUCGAAAAGCUGUGCCAGGAACUGCAGAAAUCUCAGGUGGACUUGCACGAGGCGAACAAGAAACUCCAAGCUGGCGCCGCGAAGGCUGGUAUCGAUACUACUCAAGAGAGAAGGCAAUUGGAGGAGCAGAAACGCCAACUGGAAGAACAGAGAAGACAGACGGAAGAACGAGCGAAGUCCGUAGAUCAGAAAGCUAGAACGAUAGAGGAGAAGGAGAGGACGCUCCAAAGUCUCGACCAGGACUUGAAGAAACGGAAAGCGAAGAUGGAUCAGUUGGAGCAGCAGUUACAAAGGAGCGGUGGCUCGCCGGACAAGAGAUUGGCGGAAAUGCAGAAGGCUCUGGAAACUGCCGAGAAGGAAUUGGAAAAGGCGAAAGAGGAAUCGACCAGAAGCUCUGCCGAGACCGAAAGGUUGCUGCAGCUGAUGCAGAUGACCCAGGAAGAGCAGAAUGCCAAAGAGAGACAAAUCAGAGAACUUCAAGAUGCACUCAAAGCCGCACAAGCCAAGUUGAAACAAGCCGCAACUGCACAGCAACAAGAGCAGCCAGAAAGCAUCCUCGAAAGCAACAGGGGACACGAAGAGGCGAGAAGAAUCGAGGCGAGGGAUCGAACGAUGACGGAAUUGGAAGCGAAGGUAUCCUCCUUGGAAACAUUGUCGAAGGAACAGUCCUCUUGUUCCCCGAAGAGGAUCAAGGACGCCAAGAAUUUUAGUUUGGAGGAUAACGAGCAAGGUUGGAAGAAAGAGUUGGAAACGAAGAACAGAAGAAUAGCCGAGUUGGAGGACCAAUUGAUGGCAUGUAAGAGCGCGAAGAAUAGCGACAACGUAUGCACCCAAAGCUUGAAAUUGAUGGAUGAGGCGAAGGAGGGGAAAGAGUCGUGGAGGAAGGAGGUGAGAGCGAAGGAGGAUCGAAUAUUGCAGCUGGAAGACGAGAUGGAAUCGUUGAAGCGUUUGAUCGAGGAAUAUAAAAGAUCGGAGGAGAACGAAGCUAGAGUGCGAGAUAAGGAUAACGAGAGUUGGAAAUUAGAAGUGGAGGCGAAGAAUCGACGAAUCGUUGAAUUGGAGCAAGAGAUGGACUCGUUGGAGAAUUUUCUCAGGGAACACGCGGAUACGGAAAGUAUACGAGACAUGGAGAUGGUGAUCGAGAGGAAGGCGAGAAGAAUAGAGGAGUUGGAGGAUACCGUGGCUGAAUUCGAGGAUUUUCUAAAACAGAAUCCCGAUGUGAAAGAGCUGCACGAUCUUCGUUGCCAAGUGACAGCUGGAAAUAGACGGAUUCAGGAAUUGGAGAGAUGGAUCCAGAAGAACGACGAGAAUAGAGAGUCUAGGAUCGAUCGGGAAAGAGUGAUCGAGCUGGAGGAAAUGGUCACGCAAUUGGAGGAGUACGUGAGGGAGCACAACGUCGACGUGUUGAAGAGAAAGUUGGAAGACAGGGAGUGCAGGAUCGAUCAAUUGCAAAAUCGCGUUGGAUACUUGGAAAAGGAAUUAUUGAAGGUUGAAGAGGCUCAUCGAGGUAAAGAAACUCAGGUAAAGAAGGGCGAUCAAGAAAAAGAAAUAAGGACCGAGGAUUCUCUCUCUGCUCAAAUGGUGGAAAAGAAUUUCGAAAAGGAACAGAAGAUGAAGAAGAUGGAGCACGCUAUAUCCGAGAAAGACAACAAGAUACAGGAGUACGAGCAGCAAAUCCUUGAGAACAAGGAAGAGACGACGAAGCUGAGAAAGGAGGUGGCAAGCCUGAAGAAGGAAUUGAGCGAGUACGACGACAUCGGUGUUCUGAAGGAAGAAAUUAGAGUGAGGGACGAGAAGAUUCAACAACUCGAGGACGAAGUAGACUCGUUGGAACGAGCGUUCAGCGAGAGAAUCGAUCUGGAGCAAAUCGAGGAGCUGGUGAACGUGAUCAAGGAGAAGGAAGACAAGGAACGACAAUUGUCGAAAGAUCUGACGGAGAAAAGAUACAAGAUCGAGGAGCUCGGCGAAGCUCUUCGCGAGAGUGUCGUCAUCACGAGCGAAAGUGAGAGGAAAUUGAAGAACGAGGAGAAAUUGAGGCAGGAAGCUCUUCAAAGGAUAACCAAAUUGGAACAGAGAAUUGCCUCGAUGCAAUCCGCUUCGGCAUUAAAAUGUAUCACUUGUCAACCUCUUCUAUCGAAAGUGCAGAAAUACGAGAAGAAACUGAAACGUCUCACGGAAGAGAGAAUCGUGCAGCUCGAAGACCUCCGUCAAAUGAAACGAGAAGCUCUGAAAGCUGCAGUUUCCGAAAAAGACGCCCAUCUAGCUCUGUUGGAACUUUCCGGGAUAAAAACUGCCGCCCAAUCCGAGCAAGCCGAUCAACUGAAGGCAGAUAGGAAGAGGUUAUUGGAGAAACUGAAGAAAGAGGAUGAGAAAAGCAUCGAGUUAUCGGUGGUGGAAUCGAAUCCAACGUGUUCAGAAGGAACGCCACAACUGCUCAUCAAGGUUUUGGAAACGUCCGACGACGACGAUGAAGAAACAAAGAACGAUCGUCGCAGUGAUUCGAGCUCUUCCAGACCGGCUACCACGAAUGGCAACAGUUGUGCUGAUUCAGAGAAGACGUCGACGGAGUCGGAAUCGAGAAACGAUCGAGAACGGGCGAACAACAGAAGCGACAAACAGGAUAGCAGAUAAGUAGACCAGGCCAGUCGUAACGAAUCGGUAGAGAGAGCGAAAAAAAAAAAAAUAUAUAUAUAUAUAUACGCUAUCGAUCUUCUUCGUUUCUUCGAUGUUGUUACGUGCACACACACGCAACUGUAGAAGCAAUCUAGAGCAUUUCUAGAGCAUUUAGAGAGAAAGUAAAAAAAAAAAAAAAAAAAUUAAUAAUAAUAAUAAUAAUAAUAACAAUAAUAAUAACCGACAAACAGGCAACAGUGAUACCUCAUCGACAUCGACAGCGACAAUACAAGCAAACAACAACCAUCCCCAGAACCAUC